UAGAUACGAUAAAGGACACAUCUACAGAUAAAAAAUCUGAAGUAUAUAAUAGGGCUUUUAAAAGUGUAUUAGUAACCAUCCACAUUCUCUAACCAAACACAAAACUAAAUUCUUUUCCUUCCCAGAUUCCAAAUCCCAAUUUUUAAUCUGCAGAUUUACGAAUAUUAAUCGCAAUUAUCGAUUCGUUUAUCUCUGGUUGGAUUUUUGAUAUUCGAUUUUUGUUAACAAAGAAGAAGAAGAAGUAAAUCGGAAUCGAAUGGGAGAACGCAAGCCUUCGUCUAAGAAAAAAUCUUACAAAAAGAAGAGACUCAAAGUUUCCUCUAAGAUACGGAAGAGAAAAAGCAGAAGAAGCAAAUCCAAGAAGUUCUCCAGUUCUGAAGAUGAUAUGUCAUCUUCUGCUUCCUCUGAUUAUUCUAGCAGUCCACAGUCUUCGUCCUCCUCCAGUUCAGAGGAUGAUUAUAGUAGGAAAAGUCGUAGGCACUCACGUGAUGUGAAACGCGUGAAGAGAAGAACUCGGAGAAGAUCCUCAAGCCGAGAUGUCAGUGAGGAUUCACCCCCUGUAAAGAAAAGAAAAAAGUCAAAUAGAAAGAGUCUUGACCAUGGGAAGAAAGUGCAGAAGAAGAAGCGAAAGAGAUACACUAGUAUUAGCUCCACUAGCAGGGACUCAAGAAGUUGUUCUAGUUGCCGACGUGAAAAUAGUAUUAGCUCCAGAGGUAGAGAUUCUAAGAGCUUUUCUACUUGCCAAGAUGAAACUAAUAGUGGUAAUGAGGAUAUUCAUCUUCAGAUUCCCAGGAUUAAGUCUAGAAAGAUGAAAGAAAAGAAAACUAGGAAUGAGCCAAGCGUUGACAUAAGGAGCGGAAGUACCGAGCCAAUUUGUUCUUUAUGUAACCAUCAUUCAUGCUCUUGCAAUACUACUCGCAGCGGGAAGGAAUGUGCGGAAGAGAGUAAUCCUAAGCGCUUAAGAUCUGUUAUUACUAUUUCAGAAAAGACAAGUGAGGAAGAGGGAGACAAACAGGGACCAGAUAUGCUUAAAGAAGAGACUAUGAAUAAGCACCAUGAUUGCCCUUCAUGCAGAAACCAUGACAAUAAUGACCUGGAAAAUAAAUCGAAACCUUGUUCUUGUUUCCUGUCUAAUCAAACAUUGCAGAUUGGAAAUUUAAUAACAGAUGAUGCGUUUCCUCCCAAUAGUGAAACUUUUGGCCCCACAAAAGUUGGUGGUAGUAUGGAUCCUCAUUCAAAUGAAGUCAAAGAAGUAAGUCGUGAUAAUGGAGGUGAGAGUGGGAAAUCCGAUAAUGUUGCUAAUACGGCGGUUGAGGAUCUUGAGACUGUCUUAAGGAAAAAGGCGUUGGAGAACUUGCAGAAGUUUCGUAAAGAGCGAAUAAAUUUAAAAUCUGGUGCCAAGGAAAAGAAGAAUGACAGUGUUGUUAAUCAGUUAUCCUCUUCAAAGACUGAGGUUGUACCAUAUAAGUCUCCGGAGCAGGAAAAAGAAGAGGGCUUUGCUUUAAAUCAAGUUCUAGAACGUAGAAGCAAACUUGUAAUUACUGAGGAGUUUUCUCAUUCCGCAAAGAUUGGGAAAAAAAAUUCUCCUGUUGAAGAAAAUAAUAGAAAAGGAUCUGGCUGCGUUGAGCAGGGUGUUACACAACCUUCUGAUCGAUCAGCACUCUCGCAGAGUCCAGAAAAGGUGGAUCAUACCACUGGACCAGUUCUUAUCAAUCAACCUGAACCUGGUAAACCAUUAUCUAGUACCACGGUACAGACAUAUAAAAAGGAAAAUCCAUUGGCUUCCAAGAGAAACAUAAUUAAAACACCAGUUCCUCCUUUGAGGCCUGGAGUUCUUAGCACUGGGACCAGCGAUAACUUAGACACGGGAGCUGUUAAUACCAGUAUCCGUCCUACUGUAGAAAGUACUUCUAGUGUCAGAUCCACAUCUGAUGGAUUUACUUCAAAACACCAACCAGAUGAAACCAAGGAUGCCUCUCAGUUCGAACAAAAGACUAUGUCUGUAAUGAGGGGUGGUGAAAUGGUACAGGUAAACUACAAGGUCUACAUCCCUCAGAGGGCUUCUGCUCUGGCCAGGAAACCACUCAAGCGGUGAUGUGACUCGGUUAAUUUUUCAUGCUAUUUUAGUUUUCAUUUGUCGAUUGCUUAAUCAGAUUGGCUUGCUGCAAUCAACUGAGUCAGGACUUAGGUUCUAGUUGGCUGAAUUCAGAAGUUCCUGGGAUGACUACACUCUGUGUGUAUCGAAGAAACAUUUUCCAGCAUGUGAAGCUAUUAACUCUUUUAUCCUACCAGAAGAAAGCUGAUGGACAAAGAUAUCUUUAGCUAAGUUUGUGUAGAACCGAAAAAUUAUAAAAUGCAUGUCACAUUGAAGCUCUCGUAUUUCCUUUUGCGUCAUUCUUUUGGAUGAAGCUAAUCAUUUCCAUAAAUGUGUAUUGGAGGUUAUUUUCCCCUUGGCUGCAGUCUGCUAAAUGUGUAUUGAAUUGUAUAAUUUUAGCAGAUUCAGUCCAAACUUUUUGGUUUAAUCAAUGGUUCAGCGAUAGACGGUGAAAGAUUUACUGGAA